GGUCCAGUGGAGCAGGAGAAAGACAUUGGAUUUCUGUGCUGCUGAUCUUUUGACACCUGUCAGGAUGGAUUUUGGUUACCCUGCUUUUUGGGGAUGGGGACUUAAUGAGGCUCAACACAGAUGCAAACACAAAAAGGUUAAUGGAGUUGAUGUUUUAUGCAUGAUGGGUCAGAGAUGAUUCCCUGCUACUGUACAGCCACCGGGAGAAUUGCACCGAGGCAGCUGACGUGUUCAAACCCACACAGUGUGUCACUGUGUUUCCAGUGAAAGCGCCUGUGGUGGAAGUGUGCCUGAGUAGGAGGACAGAAAACUCUGGAAGUAGGUUUCGUAGUAGAGAGAGAAACCCAGGCACAGGAGUGAUUGACCAGAGGAGUUCUGGAACAGUCCACAGGGGUGUUCCAUCAUGGGUAAACAGAACAGCAAACUGCGUCCUGAAGUCCUGAAUGACCUGCGGGAAAACACAGAGUUCACAGACCACGAGCUGCAGGAGUGGUACCGGGGCUUCCUCAAAGAUUGCCCUACUGGCCACUUAACUGUGGAGGAGUUCAAGAAAAUCUAUGCCAACUUCUUUCCUUAUGGGGACGCCUCAAAAUUUGCAGAGCAUGUUUUUCGUACAUUUGACACCAACGGUGAUGCCACCAUCGACUUCCGGGAGUUCAUCAUUGCACUGAGUGUGACGUCACGCGGAGGCCUGGAGCAGAAGCUCCGCUGGGCCUUCAGUAUGUAUGACCUGGAUGGAAACGGAUACAUCAGCCGGGCUGAGAUGCUGGAGAUAGUACAGGCUAUUUACAAGAUGGUGUCAUCAGUGAUGAAGAUGCCAGAGGAUGAGUCAACCCCUGAGAAACGCACCGACAAGAUUUUCAGACAAAUGGACACAGACAACGAUGGGAGACUUUCCCUUGAGGAGUUCAUCAAAGGUGCCAAGAGUGAUCCCUCUAUCGUCAGACUGCUGCAGUCCGACCAGAGCUCCUCUCGCCAGUUCUGAAAGUAGCCAAGCAGCAGCGCUCACAGGAAACCCUGCCACAUGCCCUCAGGAAGAUCAGCUUAUUGCUCUCCAAGACAUGGGCUGCAUUUGAGUAACAGAUCUACAUCGAUCACAGUAGAGUACGCAUAUGUAAAUCACACAGUCUGAACAAAAUCUAUUACUCAGAUGCACUCAACUGUCAUUUUAUGGUUCUCGCCCACUCAUAGUACAUUCUUGAGGUUGUGGUGAAAGUGGCUACUGUUCCCUGAUCUGUGUCCCUUGAUUUUCAGAAGGCAAGCAGUGUACGAGCUGUAGUUUUGCAUGUCAGAGUAACAGAUUUUAACUGGUUCAGUUUAUAAUUCCACAGUGAAAUGAUAAGUCAGAGCCCUGAAAAGCAAUUUUUUGUACAUCUUGAAAUAAAAUAACCAGUCAUUUUUGAAAAGUC